UUUCGUGAACACCGUUCUUUCCUCGUGGAAGAAGCUAACAGCUGAAUAGCUAACUAGCUAGCUACCAGUCAACUUAAAAUGUCUAAACAACAGUCGUUUCAUGUGUUUCUAAAUGAGCGCUUAACUGCGGCUACUGUGGAGAUUUUCGGGGAAGUUGAGAAAACGGUACUGAAAUACCAGGAGGAGAAUGAUCGGCUACGGAGACUGCUUCGGAUCACAUCGGAGGUUAAACUAUGUAGAACAGACUCCCUGCAGCUCUCUGUCUCUGAAGAGGAGGUUCCCCCUGAGCAGCAGCACUGUGAGCAGGAGUGGAGCCCCAGUCUGGGACAGAAGGACCCAGAGACCARACAGAUUAAAGAGGAACAGGAGGAAGUCAGGACCAGUCAGGAGGAAGAGCAGKUUCAAGGGCGCUUUGAUACCAAAGACUCCAUAUCCACUCCUUCCUGUGUGAAAAGUGAAUGUGAUCAGGAGGACCCAUGUCAAGAAGCCGUACGAGCUGAAUACCCAACUCUCAGUCCACUGAAAACAUCUAAACUACASUUGUUCUGUGUGUUUUUAAAUGAAUGUUUAACGGCAUCUGCUGCUGUGGAGAUUUUUGGUGCGGUUGAGGAAACUGUAGCAGAGUAUCAGGAGGAGAAUGAUCUGCUACGGAGACUGCUGCGGAUCACACCAGAGAUAAAACUAUGUAGAAUAGACUCCCUGCAGUUCUCUCUUUCUGUCUCUGAAGAGGAGGUUCACCCUGAGCAGCAGCACUGUGAGCAGGAGUGGAGCCCCAGUCUGGGCAGGAGGACCCAGAGACCAUACAGAUUAAAGAGGAAGACAGGGAAGUCAGGACCAGUCAGGAGGAAGAGCAGCUUCAAGGAGAUCCUGAUGAACUACGACUCCUGA